AAACUAGAGUUGUUCCAUAAUCAGCGCACAUUUUAUUCAAAUGCCAUUUGGAUUUACUGUGACGUCAAAACAGCCGCCAACGCCGUCAGCGAUCCUCGUUGUGUUUUGAUGGAGCAACAGCAACAGCAGCAGCCGCCGCCACAGUUGUAGCAACAAAUUGCGUGAGUGUUUCGAGUGCGUGUUUUGUGCAAAGAAAAUCUUCUAAUUUCUCCACGAAUCACACGUUUAACAAAUGCCAAACUAUUUUUCAAAGGGGAACAUCCUAAUAUCGAACAUUUGUGCAAACCACGACAUAGCACCCGUUUCACCUUGCAAUUGAAUUCGAUUUAAUUUUGUGACAGUGCGGCGGGUGGUGAUCAAAACAAAAAUGAAAACAGCAUAUCAACUUUAAUUUGAUUUCUAUUUAAAAAUACAUUUGCAAAUUGCAACAGCAGAAGCAGCAACAACAAUUGCUAACUAGUAACAGUGCAGUGCAACAAAAAGCAAUUUUAGUACAUUACUAGGUGGCCCCCCUCCUCUCUCGUGAGAGACCCCAGCAACAACAAAUUGUAUUAAAUAAAAUUACUUAAUUUUUGCAGUUCAGUAGUAGCCGCAGCACCACCGUUGUUUGCAAAAUUAUGCUAAACUAAUCAAAAAAAAAACUAAGUGGCAACAACAAAAAGAGUAAUAAAAAAACAACAUUUGCAGUAAUUUAUUGUUUUUUUUUUUGUAUUCUGUCCAUCAAAGAGUGCAUUCAACUGAAAUAAUUUAGUUUGUUUUUGAUGGCAAUUGAUUGGUGGCCUCUCAUUUCGUAUUGAUGAGAAGAGAUCUCUAUGAAAAGAGUAACUGAGAAUUGAUAUUUAUCCUCUCCCAUGCAAUUGGAUUAAGCAACAUCAUAUUAAAAGUAAAAGAAUCACAACAUAUUAUUGAAUUACAAAAAACAACAACAAGAACAUCAUUGGAACAAUUACAACAAUUCAGAAAACCCAUUUGAAUUAAAAUAUACAAAAAUUGAUAAUUUGUAUCAUAAUUUGCAUAGCCGCUUAUAUUUCCUUAAGAAGCGUGAUUUACCUACAAGAGAGUGAGUUUUGUGAGAUAUCUACAAGAUCUGCAAAACCAAUAAUACCACAGCAGCAACAACAAAAAAUCAUCAACGUAGAAAUAUCAUUUCUAUCGAUUAUAUCAUAAAAGAAGAAAAUUCUACCAAGCUGCCAUUUAAAGGCAACCCACAAAACAAAGUAACAACAAUUACAAAAUACCAGCAACAAAAAGAAAAACAACGGCAACAAAAUGGCUCAACGAAGUCAUCAAUAUUUUAGUUUACGAUGGAACAACUAUCAGAACACCAUGACUUCGGUGUUCCAACAGUUGCGCGAAGAUCUGUCAUUUGUCGAUGUCACCCUUUCGUGUGAGCAUGGCUCACUUAAGGCCCACAAGGUGGUCCUAUCCGCUUGUUCAUCCUACUUUCAAAAGCUAUUGCUCGAGAAUCCCUGCAAACAUCCAACAAUUAUAUUGCCGGGCGAUAUUAUAUUCACAGAUUUGAAGACCAUCAUUGAUUUUGUGUAUCGCGGCGAGAUUGAUGUCACCGAAUCUGAAUUACAGGGUCUCUUGCGUACUGCUGAGCAAUUAAAAAUCAAAGGUCUCUGUGAAACCGCCGAAAAUGCUGAUGAUCUGAAUGAUGCUGCCACAGCCACAAUAACUGUCUCCGAGAAUAUACAGCAAGCCGUAGUUGGUAAUAUUGUCAAUGCUACGGUAGUGCCGGGUCAAGCCUCACCACCCAUACCCCAGCAACAUCAUCACCAACAACAGCAGCAACAACAACAGCAGCAGCAACAACAAUUAGCCAAUACAGCUGUACUCACACAGGCCGUCAGUCCCAAUAGUUCACAGCAAUUGGCCGCUGCCGGACAACUGGUAACCUCGACACCCAUUUCAUCGCAACAACAUCAACAACUUGGCGGUGGUCGUAAAUCCCGGGUACGCAAACGUUCCAAAUCACCGGACAUACUAUUGGCACAUCACGAACAACAGACCCAACAGCAGCAACAACAACAGCAACAGAAUCAACAGCAUCCCCAAGCUAUACUAAUUUCAAAUCAAAAUCAAACAGCUAUUGUUAGUCUACAACAGACAUCGGCUGGAAACUAUAUACCGGUGUCGGGUGUGCAAACAGUUACAACCAGUGUAGCAGCAGGCGGGCAACAACAACAGGAAGGUGGCUCAACCAUAAACACCGGCGAGGAAUCGGAUUCGGAAAAGCCAACCUUACAGAAAAUUUGCAAAACUGAAGCAUCAUCCGCUUCGCCAGCAUCUGCAUCUUCGGCCUCGGCAUCGAAUAAUGCUGGUGGUGUAACUACCGUAGCAACACCGGGAACAGCAAUUGUAACACAAAUUGUAGUAGCUAGAGACGGAAAAGAUAAAAAUAUGACUAGUUUAGGCAUGGGAAUGAAUGGUGGCAUUCUGGGAGUCCCAAUGGGCUUCUUAGAUUUUGCCCCCGAGCCACCGGCACCAUCAGCGACACCAGUUACGGUUACAGAACAUGUGGAUUUGUCAUGUAACCCCAGUACGGAUACCAGAGAUUUAUCAAACCCCUCAGAACCGCUCGAUAUAGACAAUCAUUUGGCCCAACACAUGAUACAACGGCUCGAUCAAUCUCCAAUGCACUCGAUGCACCAUCAAACCGGUGACGAAUCAAAUUCGAAUCUGGUACAGCAUAUAAAAAGUGAAGUCCUCGAUGCCAAACAGCAACAACAGCAGCAGCAACAAGUUCAACAGCAACAAGCUGCUGCUGCAGCUGCCGCCCACCAUCAAGCUCAACAGCAACAGUUGCAUGCCCAGAUGGCAGCGGCACAAAAUCAAAGUCAUCAACAGCAACAGUCGCACCAACAGCAGCAACAACAAUCACACCAGCAGCAGCAUCACCAACAAGCCCACCAACAACAACAGCAUCAUCAGGACAUCACGGGAGCAACAGUGAUGGAGAUUGAUCCGAGCCAAAUAAAACAUGAACCGGGCAUGAUAAUAACACCGGAAAUUGUAAAUAUGAUGACCACCGGGCAUAUGGAUAUGUAUAACUCUGAUACGAGCGAUGAUUCAAUGAUGAUUGCCAAUGGCUCACCACAUGAUCAAAACGAACCACACUACACCAAUUUAGAUCAGCAGCACGGUGGAGAUAUGAAAGGUCAGUUUAAUGGUCCCAAAACUUGGACACAAGAUGAUAUGAAUUCAGCUUUAGAUGCAUUGAAGAAUCAAAACAUGAGUCUGACGAAAGCAUCCGUUACCUAUGGCAUCCCCUCCACCACACUAUGGCAGCGGGCCCAUCGCAUGGGCAUUGAGACACCGAAGAAGGAAGGAGGCACCAAAUCAUGGAACGAAGACUCACUGAACAAUGCUUUGGAAGCAUUGCGCUCUGGACAAAUAUCAGCGAAUAAAGCAUCGAAAGCCUUUGGCAUACCUUCAUCGACGCUGUAUAAGAUAGCAAGACGUGAGGGUAUACGACUGGCUGCGCCAUUCAAUGCCGCACCAACGACAUGGACACCUGAUGAUUUGGAGCGUGCAUUGGAGGCCAUACGUGCGGGUCAUACAUCCGUACAGAAGGCAAGUGCUGAAUUCGGUAUACCGACAGGUACCCUCUAUGGCCGUUGUAAACGAGAAGGCAUCGAAUUAUCACGUUCAAAUCCUACUCCCUGGUCGGAAGAUGCUAUGAAUGAAGCGUUGAAUUCAGUACGCAUUGGCCAAAUGUCCAUCAAUCAGGCUGCUAUUCAUUACAAUUUACCCUAUAGCUCUUUGUAUGGCCGCUUUAAACGUGGUAAAUACGAUGUUUCCAAUACGAGUGGAACUUCCAUAAACAAUACAUCGGGCAAUACAUCGGGUAGCAUUGAAAUUAUUGAGCAUAGUCAAGAGAAUUCGUUGCCUAUGUUUCAGCAACAAUUCCAAUAUAGUCCAUCACCGCAUCAGCACGGUGGCAGUAGUACACCGCAACAAAGCCAAACACCACAACAUCUGCAACAACACGUAGUCCACAUACAACAACAGCAGCAGCAGCAACAUCAUCAGCAGCAACAGCAAUCGCAGCAUGCGCAACAUAUCCAACAGCAACAGGAUGUUGUUACCUCGUCGAGUCAGCAACAACAAGUUCAACAACAGCACGCCAGCAAUUCAGCCGCAGCGGCAUCGCAACAGCAGCAACAACAAAUUCAGCAGAUCUAUCACCAUCACAGUACACCCGAGAGAAGUUGAGAAUCACUGCAAGUGGUACCAGCAGCAGCUACAGUUGCGGCCGCUGCUGUAGCGGCUGCGGCAGCAGCAGCCAAUUUAAGUAUCGGCGGUGGACAUCAUCAUACUACAACAACAGUAACACAUCAGCAACACCAUCAUAGUGCAACCAGCUCCGCCGUCGCCAACAAACGCAAGAAAACAUCAAAAUCGAAACGUUGAACGCUGUUGGUGGCAACGUUUCAAUUUCUCACACAGAAGAGCAAAAGCAGCAACAUUGUUUUUGGGACUGAUUGACCUAUUGAUAACUACACAUACACACGUACCGAAAGAUAAGGCAGAGAGACAGACAGGAUAUACAUACAAUUUAUAUAUAUAAAUAUAAACAACAACAAUUUUAAUCUGAAAGAAUAAUACAACAAACCACAAUUCAAAACGGAGUAUAACAACAUCAAGUUAUAAGAGACACUAGAAUCUAAAUCCGAAGAAUUAUUGUGUAAAAUGGAAAUAUUUUUAAAUUAUAUUUAAUGAAAACAAAAAGAAAAAAAAAACAGAAAAAAUCAACAAACAAUAUAAUUAUUAAUAAUAAAUAAUUAAAUCAAAUCAUGAAGAAUUAAAACAAAACAUGAAAAUAAUGUUAAACAAAAGAAGCAAAAAAAAAACACAAAGGAAAAACAUAAUAAAAUCAAACAAGGUAUACCAAUUUAUUUAGAUUUAACCAAAACCAAUAACAACAACAACAAGAUACCACAAUCUUCUAACUUCUACAGCAAACUGAAUAGACACUUAAAUUUUCAAAGAAUAUCAAUUCACAUUUUUGGUGACUUCAACAACACUUGCAAGGAAAACAAUUUACUUCAUUAAAAUACGACGAAACGUAUUCUAGAUUGGAACUCUCAAAACCACAAAUUGAAAACAAUAAUCAAAAUGUCAAUACUUUAUGUUUUGGAGAAUGCAAAGUAAUUUUUUGGUGGUCCGAAUUUUAACAGAGAUCACAACAACCAACAACCAUAUGUUUUGGGGUCUCUCCAAACUUGUUUGAUGUGAUCUUUGUUUAUUAGCCUCCCCCCGCCCCAUUAUGACUGACUGAAAUGAACCGAGGUAAAAUGAUGGCUCCAAAAUAAAUUGUCUCUAUGUUUCCCAUUUUUUUGUAUGAUUCAUGAGUUAUAAAAGUAACAGCUGGACAGCAGGAUGCGGAUGUGGAUAUUAUUUGGGUGUUUUUACUUUUCUUUUCUCUAAUUUUAAGGUUUAAGUUUAUUAUUAUUUUUAUUUAAAAAAGGAAAACUAUUAUUUCAUAAUUUUAAGUAUGGAUUUUUUUUAUAAGAAAUAGAAGAAAAAAAAGAACUAUUGUAAUAAAAUACUACAACAACAAACAAAUAGAGUUAACAGCAAAGAAAGAUUUAUUUUAAAUGGAGUUUAUUUUAAAUGUUUUCUUCUUGCGUUUCAAUCAUUAGUUGUAAUACCAAACAAACAACCAAUAACCACAACUCACUCAAUACCUAAACUAGCCUAUACGAUAAUAGAGAAGAAAAAACAACAACAGAGAAAACAAAACAAAACUGUUAUUUAAUUUAAAACACAAACAAAAAAUGUUCAUUAUUUUCUUUAAGAAUUUCCUUUCUUCUUUUUUUGUGUGAAUUAAAAGAAAGAAACAAACAUAUGUAAUUAUAAUUGUUCCAUUUUUUUAGAUAUUUUUGUUGAUUAUUUUUGAAGAGGAGGUGUUAUUCUAUAAAAAAAAAACUUGAUUUUUAAUUGGAAAUUUCAAAAAAAAAUCAUAACCAUUUCAAAUAAAAGGAAGGGAUCUACAAUGAAUUACAAACAUACAUACAUAUAUUUCUAUACGAAUUUUUUGUGAGCUACUAUCCUAUUAUAUACAUACAAUUUGUAUUUUAUAUAAAUAAAUAAAUUUUCUUGAGUUUUUUUGGUAUUGUAGUAGUGUAGCAUUAUAGUUAUUCUUUAAAUGUAAUAUCACAUAAAUAUAGAAUUCAAAUUACCACAAAAAAGAAACUUAUUUUUAGCGGAGUAUUUUCAAAGUAAUGAAAACCUCUACUUUGAAAGCCCAUCUUUAAGAAUAAUUUAAAAAAAAACGGUAUUUUUUCUUCAUCAUUUUUCAAUAAAAAGCUUUAAAUUUGUUUAAUUUAACAAAUACACGAAUUACUCUUUUAUUUUUUGUUAGGUUUUCUUGUUUUUUUUUUUUUUUUUUGGUUUGGGAAGAAGUUCAAAUGUGCAAAAAUAAAAUCUUAAAAUUUACCCACUGGAUUUGCAUUGAAAUUGUCAUAUCCAUUACUGAUACUUCAAACAAAUCCUCUUAAAGUAGGUUAACCCUGCGAAAAGUCUUAAAGUAAACAUGGGAUAAGUUGCCUUCCAAAUUAUUCUUUUAAUUUUUGUCAGAUCUUUUUUUUUAUUUAGAAACAUUUUAAAAUACAAUAAUGUCCCACGAAUUUUGGGAAUUAGGUUGGAAAAUAUGAACAAAGCUUUAAAGGAGAAAAUAUUUUUUUAAAGAAAAUUCAAAGUCAGCGCAAAUAAAAUAUUAAAAAAAUAUGUGCAAAACUUCAAAAAAAAAAACCCUUUUUAAGGAAAAUUUGCGGCAAGUCGAAAUUAAAUUUCUUAAUUUUCUAAAGUUUAAAUUUUAAAAGCAUAGCUAUUGCAAUAAAAAUGAAAAAUCAACCCCGAUUAAAUUCUUUUCUUCUCAAAGUCGAUUUAAAGAAAAUCAAAAAGUUUGGCUAUGAUAUCAAAAAACAAAAAUCUUUGAACAAAAAACUGAAAAAUUCUCAUUUUCAAUUCAAAGAGAAAAAAUUUCAGGCAAAUUUUCAAAGUAUAGCUAAAGCAAACUUCCAGAGUGGCAGUAAAAAUGAAAAAUCGACUUAUGAACCCUCGAUUAAUUUCUUUCCUUCUCAAAGUCGGUUUACAGAAAAUCAAAGAGGUCGGUUAUGAUAUCAAAAAAAAAAAAAAAAAAAUUAAAAAAAACUGAAAAAUUCAUAUUUAAAAUUCUUCAAAGGGGGAAAUUUCAGGUUAAACUAAAUUUUGAAUAAUUUAUUUAAGUGAUUUCGAAAAUUUUUAGAUUUUUUUCAAUUUUUUUUUCUUAAAAUGUGAUUUUUUUACAAUUUUCACCGAAAAAAAUUAAAUAUUUUAAAUGAAUUUCCAAAUUAUCCAGAUUAAUUGUCAAAAUAAGUUGAUACUUUCCAAGAUUUCGAAUAAAGAUUUUAAAUAAUGCCAUAGUUGAGAAAAGCAGUUUCAGGUAAUUUUUUGAUAAAAAUUUUAAAAUAUUAAAAAAAAAAACGAUAUUUUAAGUUUGAAACAAUCUGUAAGUUUUUUUUGAGCUUAGUAAAGCUCCAUUAUAUUUUUCCAUAUUGAUAACAAGAACAUUUUUAAUUUAAAUUUUUUUAGUGAAAAUUUUAAAUUUUUUUUCCAAAAAAUAAGCUUGAAUUAAUCUGUAUAAUGAAAGAAUUUUAAAUUUCAAUAAAAAAAGGAGUUAAAACAAACGUUUUUUUGUUUUUUUAAAAUAGUAACUUGUUUUAAUUGGAAAUCGACGAUGAGAACUAUUUUGACUUUUUGAAAUAAACUUGAAACAUGCUACUUUGGGUCCCAGAAAACUUCCGCCAUUUUAUUAUUCCAAACAUUUUUGAAAAAAAAAAAAUUCAAGGUCUGCAGAUGAAUUCAAAUUGAAUAAAAUUUAAAAAGUGAUCUUAAACAUCUAUCAAAUUAUUUCUUGUUUUUUUUUUUCUCAGCCAGAUGUCAAAAUAGUGUGUAGUUUAUAUCAGCCAAUAAAAUCUUAGGAAACAAUUUGAAGGUUUUUAAGCUAAGUUUUCUAUUCCCGUUUCAAAUGUUAACCGAAUUUUCAUUCAGGAAAUCAAAGAUUUUGAAAAAAAUUUAAAUUAUUUCAAAAUAAUAUUGAACUACCUUUUCUCUUCAGAAACAAACUAAGAAAGUUUUGCUUUUUUUGACUUUUUUUAACUUAAAAAUUUAGGAAGAAUUUAUUUAUAUUUUCAUAUUAAGUCUUUCAACCGGUUUUGAAUUACAAAAGCAAACAUUUGUAACAAAAAUAGAAAUUGUGCUAAAAAUUUAUAGGUUGUUUAGUAACGUCUCAAAAUAUUAUCCAGACCAAAUUCUCAAGCAGAAAAUCAAGAAAUUAAAAAAAAUUAACUUUUUUUAUAAGUAUCUUCUUAAAAUACUUUCUCUCUUUAGAAAAUGAAAGGGGAAUCUUGAAAGUUGUGUUUUUUUAAAAAUUCUUGAAAAAAGAAACGUGAAAAAAUUUUUGGAAAAUCCUGGAGGAAUUUUAUAUUUUCAAUCAUAUUUCAAAUACAAUUUUAUUAUCAAAGUUUGUGGAAGUGGAGACAAAAAUGGCUUAAAUGUAAACACAAAAUUUAGAUGAGAAGUAGGACAUUUUAAGUAGUAGAGAUCGAUUCCGAAGACUUAAUUUUGGUAUUUUUCGUAUAAUUAAAGCGGAAAAACGCCAUUUUAAAUGUUUUUUUUUUUUUUUAAUUUUGAAUUAAAUGUAGAAAAAUGAAAAAUAUGAAAAAAUUAAUUGGAAUAGCGUUUUCAAUUUUGUAUUGUAUUUGAGAAGCAGACCGUCAAAUACAUGUUUUAGUUUUAUUACAAACCAAACCAAUUCAAUAUCAAUUUUAUAUUUUGUGAAUUUUAAUUCAAAAUGGUACAAUUAUAAAAGAGUUUCCGAAUAUUAUAUUAAAUAACAACUAAAGAUUCUAAAUGCAUUCUAUUGGACUUUGUAAAAAACUUUCCUUAACAAGUCUUCAAUAAUUUUAGUAAACAAUAUCCAUUUAGCAUCGUUUUCCUCUGGCUUGGAACAACACCACCUCUUCAAAAACAAAUCAAUUUUUAUUUUAAUUUUAUAAUAUUUUUUUUUAACUUAAUAAUUUUCUUAACUUUCGAUUUCUUAAAUAAACUAAGUAUUUUUUUUCUUUACGAAAUGUAAUAUAUUAAUAACAUAGAACUCCGAUCCCCCCGAAAGCAUAUAAAGAAGAUAUAAUAAACAGUUAAUAAUAUACAAAAAAAAAAAAAAAACCACUCGAAAAAGAAAAUUCAAUUUAAAUGUAAUAUAAAUAGAAUUAAAAAUAAAAAAUUAAUAAAAUAAAAACAAUCCCCCCAAACCUCCUACACUAAUAUUUUUUCUGUAAACUAAAAUAAUGUUAUAAUUUUAAGGAAAAUUCUCUUUUUUGUUUAACAUUUUGAUGAAAUAAACUGUAGUAUAAAAUACAAAAUAGUGAACAUUAUUGAUUUUAAGAAUAAAACGAAAAAAAAAAACAAUUAAAAAUAUUAUAAAAUAUAAUGAGAAGAAUGAAAGAAAACACCCCCUUACAUUUUAGAAAAUUAAUAUUAAACAAAUGAACUUUAAGGCUUAGGCGAUUAAGAAUAUUAUCGUUAUGAAACAAAACACACCACACCACACAAAGAAUAAGAGGAAUAACAACCAACAAACAACAACAACAUUAUGGAAAGUAACAGUUUAAUGGAUUAUAAAACAACAACACAUAAAACUACAACAACAAAGA